AUGCCCGAAUCUGCAACGAUAUCCCAUUUCUCUCUCCCGCUGCCCCAGUGGCAAAGACCAGUGAGCUAUCGCACAGCCAAAUACGAUCCUCCGCAGCGCGCCAAACGCCCCCUUGUCGAAGACACCGACGCCUCGAGCAUCGAAACCGGUUCCGAUAGCAGCGACUAUGAAGACAUCGGAGCAGCCUCCUCGGGGCGCCAAUCGCGGGCAACAAGCACCGUGAAAAGCGACCGCGCCUCCUCCUCCUCCUCCUCCUUCUCCCGCCGGCCCUGCCGCCGCUCGACAUCCGCACGCUCCUCCGUCAUCCUCACACCGGACGAAGCGCAUCAAUACCGCAUCGCCGGCCAGCCGCCGGACAUGGAGUUGCCGGGAGGGAAUUUCCCGCACUCCGGCCUCUCUUCGGCCUCAGGCGUGAAGCCGGCUACCAGGAGGCGUAUCGAGUCGGAUCUGGCGCAGCUGAAUCCGCCGGUGUUUCUGCCGGGGUCGGCGCGGAACAGCCUGCGUCUGAAGCAUCUGGGCGUGAUCACGACGAUCUUGCAUCGGUGUCUGCUUGAAGGGGACUAUGUGCGGGCGGGGAGGGCUUGGGGGCUGAUUCUGCGGGAUGAGUGGGGUGGGCAUGCGGUUGAUGUGAGGACGGAAGGAAGAUGGGGGAUCGGAGCGGAGAUUCUGCUGUGGAGAGAUGGGCAGAUGGCGGCUGCGGGGGCGGAGGGAGGUGGUGGGAAGGGUGGUUAUAAGACGGAGUGGUUUUCGAGACGGGGGUUUGAGAGGGCCAAGCAGUACUACGAGAGGUUGAUAUUGCAUUAUCCGUAUCGGAAACAUGCGCCCAAUGCUCUGGGGCCGUUGGAUUUCUACCCGGCUAUGUUUGGACUUUGGAUAUCGGUCGUUCAGGAGGAGAGUCGAGCUACGAGGGAGGCUGCUACAUAUGAUGUGGUGAGGGAGGAGAGGGACUACGACUUUGGCUACGACGUGGAAGAUAACAUGUCUAUGACCAGCGAUCUGGGGCGGGAAGAUCGACAAAGGGCCGAAACUGUCGCUCGAGCUCGCUCGAAGGAACUCGAGGAGGCGCAACAGAUCGCGUGUCAGCUCGAUGAUCUGCUCGUCUCUCCUCCGUUCUCGGAUAGUUAUGAGUUAUUGAGAUUACGAGGGAUGGUGUCAUUGUGGAUCGGGGAUCUAUGCGUCUCAUCAGUGUCUCCCGAUGAAGCAGCUGAGCAGGGCGUGCAGAUGGGCGGUGAUAAGGACGGAGAUAUCACCAUGAUGUCGUAUGACGAUAAGGUAGACUCUAUCUUGGCGAGAAUGGAGGAAGGGCUGGGGAUGGAGAGGAGGCAGGCGGAGGUGGAUAAAGCAAAGGAGUUCUUUGAGAGGGCGCGCGCGAGGAAGGUUGGGCCGCUAAGUGCAGCGGAUAAAGUGUACAUGGAUACUCCUAGGAAGGUUACUCUUCCAUUCACCAUGCUGAAAGUUAGCGAUUAUGUCCAUGGAACCAUACCCCAGAACAAUGACCGGCCAGUCUCCCAGGGCACCAGCAAAAGCAGCAUUCCCUCCUCAAGGCUGCGUGCGGCGGAAUUGGCUCGGGUCAAUGUACCUCCUACUAGAUUAGCUGGGUUCAAUGCCACCCCGGCAGUGAACAUGCAUGGCAGACAACAGUCCCAAAACUUGCAAAUGACGAGUGAUCAAAGGAUUGGGCCCUUUGGCGCACUUAACCCGGAGCAUCGCGAUAUGUUCGAUACAGACGUUGAAGGAUUUGACGACAGCACCACCACGAUGAGUCUCGUUCGAGACGACGAUGUCGUUGUGCCGCCACCACCCCAGGAGGAGCGUCUGGCCUCUCCCAGGAGAGGCAGAGAUAAUGGAACCACACACCAUCAGGGCGAUAUGUCAUUGGACCCAUUGAAUGGCGCAUUUGAACAGCGGAAUUGUAUUUCAAUUGCCGAGAGAAUGAAGGAGCUCGAUUCUGAACCUGAUGAUCUUCGUACUAGUCAUCAGCAUGAGCAUUAUCAUCAGAAUUUCGAGGCUCAUGUUGAUGAGCAAGAUGGCGAUCACGAUAUGGAGCUCGAGGGAGAGCCCACUAUCAAGGUUGGAUGGGAUGCCAACCAUGGGAACAGCCAGCACGCUAUGAGUUGGCAACAGAUUGAGGCAGCACUUCGGGAGCAUAACCCUCAAACCGCGAGCAACGAGUCAAGCUCCGUGCAACGUCCAGAAUACAUGCCGCCACACCAGGUUCAAAGUGAACUACAGAGCCCUGCCGGAAAUGAAUCAGACCAGAGUAACUACGCCAAUACCACCCACGCUACUCCUCGACCGAUACGGAAACUAAUUCCUGGAGGCCGCUUUACUCCCAAAUCCCGUUUCGCGACCCCCAAGCCUCCAAAACCGCCAACACCGUUUUCAAUCUCACGAAUUCCACGCCCAAUUUCUGCUCCAGGGAUCCCUUUUCCUUCCGACAACGCUCUCUCCCCGCUUAAUCCUGAGUAUCGCAGGGAUCAGCUUCCACUCAGUCCUUCCCAAACAGACACCAACAACGGUCAGUAUCAUAACAACCAAGGGGGCAUAUUCGACACGACCGAUCUAAGUGCCCUAGACAGCUCCGAAGAAAGCAUUACAGAGCCAAACAUGCCGCCUUCGGCCACUUCUCCACAGCUCUCCACGCUCUCUCCUGUAUCUUCAAAACGCCCAUUCACAGCCUUCACGUCCGACUAUCACCCGAACAUCCUUCAUACCAAAUCCUACUCCGACCUCCAAGCCGAGCCGUUCGAUUAUAAUCCCGCCCCACCACCACCUGUCUUCCCACCACAAGACCCGGAGCUCCCACUCAUAGAAAAGCUACACCGCUUGAAAUCACUUACCGACGACCAGAGACGUAACUUUUUCUCAUCUCUGACGCAGGCAGAAUGGGAAGAUAGUGGGGACUGGUUGAUCGAGCAAUUCGGCGUUAUCUUGCAGAAAACAAAGGACGCGAGACGGGAAAGAAGACAGGUUGCUGCGGUGUUCGAGGCAGAGAUCAAGCGGCGCUACGAACUUGUGGAAGGAGAAGUGAAAGAUAUCCGAGAUCGAAUGGAUGACAUGAGAGCCGGAGGCAUGGGGGUUUUGAAAGGUCGAGGGUGA